AUGGGGAGAAAGCGGUUCUCAGGUUUGGAGGUGACCUUAAUGGUCAUGUUCACGUUGAUGUCUGCGGCAGCCAUUGCUCUUGUAGUUCUGUUUGUCACCGGAGAACCUGGGGUCCUUAAAGAUGAAACUACUGAAGUAUUCAUUCCUCAGUGUCCCACCAUUGCUCUGGCUGAGAGAGUAGACUGUUUCCCUGAUGCUGGAGCCUCAAAGCUGCGAUGUGAGCAGCGUGGCUGUUGCUGGUGCCCACUGGACGAGAGAAAUGUUCCCUGGUGUUUCUUCUCAACCAACCAUGGAUACACAGUGGAAUCUGUGGAGCAACCGAAUCCUUAUGUGAUGAAAGCCCAACUGAAGAGAAUGACUUCUCCUUCCUUAUUUGGAGCUGAUAUAGAAGAGCUGUCAUUUCACGCAGAAAUGCAGUCAAACAAUCGACUCCGAUUUAAGAUCUCUGAUGCCCAUAGGCAGAGGUUUGAAGUCCCCCAUGAGCACAUCGGCAGUCUCACCAGUGACCCCUCCAGCCCCAUCAGCAACACACUUGAGAUGAAACACAAACCCUUUGGCCUUACUGUACGCAGGAAGGAGAACAAAAAAGUCCUGUUUGACACUACAAUGGCCCCACUGGUGUUUGCAGACCAGUACCUACAGAUGUCUGCGAAGCUUCCAUCCCAUAAUAUUUAUGGCCUGGGAGAGCAUGUGCAUCAACAGUAUCGCCAUGACACAAACUGGAAAACCUGGCCCAUCUUCACCAGAGAUGCUUUCCCUAAUGGAGGAACACAUAACCUCUAUGGACACUAUCCCUUCUUCCUCUGUCUUGAAGAUGAGAGUGGAAAGUCAUUCGGGGUCUUUCUGAUGAACAGCAAUGCUAUGGACGUGACUUUGCAGCCCGCUCCUGCUGUGACUUACAGGACAAUUGGAGGUGUCCUUGACUUUUACAUUCUCUUUGGAGAUACGCCAGAACAAGUGGUCCAGGAGUUUCUUGUGCUCAUUGGCCGGCCUGUCAUUCCUCCCUACUGGUCCCUGGGCUUCCAGCUUUCUCGGUGGGACUAUGGCAGCCUGAGCGAGGUCAAGAAAACCGUGGAGAGGAAUCGUGCCGUAUCCCUCCCAUAUGACAUUCAGUACACUGACAUUGACUACAUGGAGGAUAAGAAAGAUUUUACGUAUGACAAAGUCAAAUUCAGGGAGCUACCUCAGUUCGCCGACUACCUUCAUGCGAAGGGACAGAAAUACAUCCUCAUCCUGGAUCCUGCAAUAGCUACCAAUAAAAGGGUAGGGAAUUCUCCAUACGACGCCUAUGACCGGGGGACUAAGAAGAACGCCUGGGUCACUGAAUCAGACGGGAAAACUCCACUGUUAGGAGAGGUGUGGCCAGGACAGACAGUAUUUCCAGACUACACCAGCCAAAACUGCAUCGACUGGUGGGUUGAUGAGUAUGCGCGAUUCUCUAAGGAGAUCAAACAUGACGCACUCUGGAUCGACAUGAAUGAGGUGGCUAAUUUCAAGAAAGGAUCAAAUAAGGGCUGUGCUGAUAACAACCUUAACUACCCUCCCUACACUCCAAAGAUUCUGGAUGAGGUGAUGUACAGUAAGACUCUGUGCAUGGAUGCCAAGCAGGCGUGGGGAAACCACUAUGAUGUCCACAGUCUGUAUGGCUACUCUAUGGUGCUGGCUACUGAAAAAGCUCUGCAGAGUGUGUUUGGAGGAAACCGUACUCUGAUGCUGACCCGCUCCUCCUUCCCAGGUGUAGGAAAAUAUUCGGGUCACUGGCUGGGGGACAAUGCUGCCAACUGGAACGACAUAAAAUGGGCCAUCCCUGGAAUGUUAGAGUUUGGCCUCUUUGGGGUUCCUUAUAUCGGGGCUGACAUCUGUGGAUUCUUUGACAACCCCACUGAAGAGUUAUGUCGUCGCUGGAUGCAGGUGGGGGCUUUCUAUCCCUUUAGCCGGAACCACAACGCUCAGGGCUACAAGCCCCAGGAUCCAGCUUCAUUUGGUCCCGACUCAACACUGGUGAAGAGCUCUAGACACUACUUGAGGAUACGUUACACACUUCUGCCUUACCUCUACACCCUCUUCUACAAAGCCCACACCACAGGGGAGACUGUUGUACGUCCCGUCAUGCACGAAUUCUACUCCGACAGUGCCACCUGGACAGUGGAUCGCCAGUUCCUCUGGGGAAAACACCUGCUCAUCACACCUGUACUAGACCCGGGUUUGGACAAGGUGUGGGCAUAUGUCCCGGAUGCUGUGUGGUAUGACUAUGAGACGAUGGAGCAACUGACAGACCGCAGAAAUUUCGUUCACAUGUAUCUUCCAGCUGACAAGCUUGGUUUACACAUCAGAGGUGGCGCAAUCCUCCCAACUCAAAGACCUGAUGUUACCACCACAUACAGUCGGCGUCACCCCAUGGGUUUGAUCGUCGCUCUCGAUGACAAGAACCAGGCAGCUGGGGAGCUAUUCUGGGAUGACGGAGAUUCCAGAGAAACAGUUAAAUCAGGCAAUUACAUCCACUACAAGUUCUCCGUUGUCUAUGGAGUGCUGAUGAUGCAGGUGACACAUGCCGGCUACAAGGACCCAAAUGCUCUUAAGUUUGAGAACAUUACUGUCCUCGGUGUACCUCAUCCUCCCAUGUCCGUCUCUGUGACUCACGUUAGCAACGUAACACAUGCAAAUUCUACAUCCACCCUGCCGGCCUCCAACAUACAGUACGAUGGAGCAAAGAAGGUUAUGUUCCUGCAAGGCCUCUCCCUCACACUCGGGGAGACCUAUCUGGUGCAAUGGGAACUGGAGCUGAAAGAGAAUCAACGUUUUGACUGCCAUCCAGAGGACCAUGCAGAUGAAGCUAAGUGCAAGGCCAGAGGCUGCAUCUGGGAGCCAAGCACCAUUGAACUCGUUCCAUGGUGCAUCUAUCCACAAGACUAUGGCUACACUGUUACAGAAUUAAACAGCAGCAAUUCGGGCAUGACAGUCACAAUUGCUCGGAAUAAGAAGUACAGGAGUAGUGGUCGCCCAGAUUCACCAGACAUUGACAUCCUCAGUGUUGAGAUCCGUUACCACAGCAGUGACAUGCUGCAGUUCAAGAUUUGGGACCCGACCAGAGAACGUUAUGAGGUUCCAGUGCCGUUGUCGGUUCCACCUACUCCAGAGACUGUAGAGAACAAGAGGCUUUACAACGUCAAAGUUACCCAAAAGCCAUUCGGCAUCCAGGUCAUAAGGAAAAGCACAGGAACCAAGAUUUGGGAUUCCUCUGUGCCAGGUUUUACGUUCUCAGACAUGUUCAUACAAGUGUCGACUCGACUGCCAUCAGAGUUUGUGUACGGCUUUGGAGAGACGGAGCAUCCCACCUAUAAACACAACCUCAACUAUCACACUUGGGGUAUGUUCGCCAAGGACCAGCCUCCUGGUUACAAGAUGAAUUGCUAUGGAGUGCAUCCUUUCUACAUGGGCCUAGAGACCACUGCUGAGGCUCACGGUGUGCUGCUACUAAAUAGCAACGCCAUGGAUGUGACUUUCCAGCCUACUCCAGCUUUAACCUACCGUACUAUUGGAGGCAUCCUGGAUUUCUAUAUGGUCCUGGGACCUACGCCUGAAAUGGUGGUGCAGCAGUACACCUCACUGAUUGGACGACCUGUUCUACCUGCCUAUUGGUCCCUUGGGUUCCAACUCUGUCGCUAUGGUUACGCUAAUGAUACGGAGAUAGCGGAUCUAUACAAACAGAUGAGGGCAGCGGGCAUACCCUAUGAUGUGCAGUAUGCAGACAUUGACUACAUGGACCGUCAGCUGAACUUUGUUCUGGACCCAGAGUUUGAAGGACUACCUGCCCUGGUUGACGAAAUGAGGGGAGAGGGCAUGAGGUUCAUCUUCAUUCUGGAUCCUGCGAUCUCUGGAAAUGAGACGGAUUACCCUGCUUUUAAGAGAGGUCAAGAAGCAGAUGUUUUCAUUAAAUGGCCCAAAAACAUCAGUGAUGAAAUUGUGUGGGGGAAGGUAUGGCCAGAUUACCCCAAUGUCACGGUAAAUGAAUCUCUGGACUGGGAUACCCAAGUAAAGAUAUAUAGGGCAUUCACCGCAUUCCCCGACUUCUUUCGCACUGAAACAGCAGCAUGGUGGCAACGAGAAAUACAGGAUUUCUAUAAUAAAAUGAAGUUUGAUGGCCUCUGGAUUGACAUGAAUGAGCCCGCCAGUUUUGUCCACGGCACAGUUGAUGGGAAUUGUCUCGGUAAUCCACUUCUAGAGAACCCUCCAUAUAUGCCCCCACUGGAAUCUAAAAGGCUAGGCUUGAACCACAAGACCAUCUGCAUGAACAGUGAGCAGAUACUUAGUAAUGGAAAAAAGGUCAGCCACUAUGACGUCCACAACCUCUAUGGCUGGUCCCAGACAGAGCCCACCUAUAAAGCCCUGCAAGAAGUGACGAAGAAACGAGGCAUUGUGGUGACCAGGUCGACUUACCCCUCCAGUGGAAAAUGGGCAGGACAUUGGCUGGGAGAUAACUUUGCGAGCUGGGACCAGCUAUCCAAAUCUAUCAUAGGCAUGAUGGAGUUCAGUCUGUUUGGCAUCCCUUACACUGGUGCAGACAUAUGCGGGUUCUUCAAUGCCGCUGAGUAUGAGAUGUGUCUUCGCUGGAUGCAGCUGGGUGCCUUUUAUCCAUUCUCACGCAACCACAAUGGCAAGGGUAACAAGAGACAAGAUCCUGUUGCUUGGAAUUCCACAUUCUCAGAGGCGUCCCGGGACGUCUUGAAUAUCCGUUACAGCCUCCUGCCUUAUCUGUACACACUGAUGUAUGAGGCUCAUGCCCAAGGAAACACAGUAGUCAGACCGCUCUUGCAUGAGUUUGUGAAUGAUAAAACUACAUGGGACAUCUACAAGCAAUUCCUCUGGGGACCUGCACUACUUAUUACCCCUGCUCUUGAACAGGGAGCCAGGAGUGUGAAUGGCUAUGUUCCCAAUGCACGCUGGUAUGACUUCCACACGGCCAAAGAAGUUGAAGUGCGCGGCAAAAUGCUUAACAUGCCCACACCAUUGGACCAUAUUAACCUCCAUAUCCGAGGUGGAUAUAUCGUACCCUGGCAGAAACCAGAGAACACUACACAUUACAGUCGGAAGAAUCCUUUAGGACUGAUCGUUGCCCUGAGCGACAGUGGAACCGCUGAAGGAUCGUUCUUCUGGGAUGAUGGAGAAGGGAUAAACACAGUUAAGGAAGAAAGAUAUCUGCUGACCUCCUUCACAGCAGAAUCGAACAACUUGUCGAGUCAGGUCAUCCACAGCUCUCUGCUCCCUGGUGACCUCUUGACCCUGGGUGAGGUGAGGGUUUGGGGAGCAGGCAAUGUGACGAUGACAAACGUAACCCUGACAGAUGCGGAUGGAAAGUCACACACACUCAUCCCGAAGAUCAACCCAGACACUCUGGAGGUGAUAAUAGAUGCCUCUCGGAUGAAUGUUGGUGUGGAUCGGAGAUUUACCAUCACAUGGAAAAUCAGCGUCUAAUCAACAGAGUA